GGUGAUUUUGAAGGUUAUUUGGAGGAAAUACAACAACUACAUGCUCCCGUUUUGAGACAUGUGCAUGAAAACAAUCUAAAUAUGAUACCCGCCUUGCAGUUUGCUCAACACUAUCAGAAUAUAGCCUUGACUUAUUGUUCCAAUUUGGCAUUUUAUUUACUGCUUAAGGCCAAAAGAUGUUCCAUAGAAAAUCAUCCCAUUAUACAAAGAUUAACUCAACUAAAGAAACUCUUAAAUCAAUUGGAUGAUAAACACGAAAAUAUUAUUAAACCUCAAUUGGAAGCUUUACUAGAACGCAUACAAGAUGGUGAUGAAUUUGAAAUAUUAGAUUUGAAAAAUGUACCACCACCAGAGGGCGAAGAAAAGCCGACAAAACGUAGUAAGAAACAAACACAAUUGGGUAUAUUAUCGGCUUAUGGUGAUGAUGAGGAUAAUGCCGCUGAAGAAGGUCCAGCUAAAAAGAAAAACAAAAUGGAAAAUGAUAUCGAUUUGGCUACUUUGGCUGAAAUGUCUUCAGAUGAUGGUGAUGAGGACGAUGAUGAUGUCAAUGAAAUGGGUGACGAAGAAGAAGAAGAAGAGGAAGGAGAUGCUGAAUCCCGUCGUGGUAUUACCUAUCAAAUUGCCAAGAAUAAAGGUCUUAUGCCUCAUCGCAAGAAGGAACAACGUAAUCCUCGUGUUAAACAUCGUGGCAAAUAUCGUAAGGCUUUGAUUCGACGCAAGGGUGCCGUACGCACAGUACGUAAGGAAACUUCCAGAUAUGGUGGUGAAAUUUCCGGUAUUAAAGCUACUGUUAGUAAGAGUGUUAAGUUUAGAACUUAAUUUUGAAAAUGUAAAUAAUUUUUGCAAAUUUUUUUUGGUGUUUAAAAAAAAGCUUAAAGAUCAAAAGUGUUUGAAAAAUAAAUUUUCUUUGAUUUCAAAUUUGAAA